AUGGUAUCUGUGCUUAUACUGCUUACGGCCGUGGUCGUGGCUCUUUCCGGUCCGGACCCGGUCGGCGCGAUCACUUCAAGCUUGCAAAGUAUUCUGAAAAACACCCACGGGAGCAAAGAAUAUGAAUAUCCCACCGACAUAACAAGGGAUCUAUAUCCAAUUCCUGUGCACUCUCAUAAUGACUAUUGGAGAGAUGAGCCUUUCUAUACCGGUUUGUCCAAGGGCUGCACGUCCACCGAAGCCGAUGUUUGGUUGUAUAACGGCACCCUUUUUGUUGGACAUGAUCAAUCUGCCCUGACGGAGGAGCGAACACUCGAGGCCCUCUAUAUCAACCCGAUUCUGGACGUUUUAGAACGUCAAAACCCCGUCAGUCCAUUUGUGACGGAACCUACCAAGAACGGUGUCUGGGAUACUACUCCCGAUCAGACGCUCUACUUCUUCAUCGACGUGAAGACUUCCGGCGCCGAAACUUUCGAGGCCGUCAUUGAGGCUCUGGCGCCCCUUCGGGAGAAGGGCUAUCUGACCACUCUCAAGGGUGGCCGAACCAUCACAAAUGGCCCCGUCACCAUUAUCGGUACAGGUGAAACCCCACUCGACAUGGUCGCGCCCGUCAAGGAUCGUGACUACUUCUUCGAUGGACCCCUUGACAAGCUUAACGAUCGCAAGUACAAAGACAUUACGGGAUUGGUCUCCCCCAUCGCCUCUACAGACUUUGCGGCCGCAGUGGGCGAGAUCACCUCCGACACUGAUCCGAUUCUCUCCGAGGGCCAGCUCAAGGCACUCCGUGAUCAGAUCGCCACGGCAAAGAAGCGCGGCAUUGGUGCGAGAUAUUGGAACACGCCCGUCUGGCCCAUCCGCCAGCGUAACCUCGUUUGGAGGACACUUUUACGCGAGGGAGUUACCCUUCUCAAUGCGGAUGAUCUCGACGCAGUGACCAAAGAGUUCUGA